AUGAAUGGACAAUCGCCAUGGCUUGCCUUGAAUACUAAAGGAGACCCAUCGGGCGGACCAGCGCUGUCAUUGGAUCACUUUCAGUCCCCUCAGCUCUAUUACGACUCUGGUUUGUUCGGAGUUGAGGCUGGGUAUAUCUCGCCUAAGCAACUCAACCUGGAUGCAGCGCUGUCAAGUUACCCGCCUCUGCCUGAACUAGACGCCCCUUUUGAAGACUCUGUACACGCCGCGAAGGAUCCUCAGAUCUCUUCUCCCUCUACCUAUCUCCCCUCUUGGCCUCUCGCAGAGGCAAUGCCGGCGUGGUUUGAUGGAGAGAAAUUAGGAAUACAAAGUGUAUGGACUGCAGAAGCCGCACGGACCUCGACUCAGGCAACCUCAACGACGACUGGUACACCCUAUAUGGUGAGGGGCGGACUGAGAGACACCUCGAAAGACGAGUACCUGGUUCGAUGCAAAGAACAAGGGAUGUCGUAUAAGCAGAUCAAAGAAUCCGGCGGCUUUAACGAGGCCGAGUCGACUCUGCGAGGCAGGUACCGAGCUCUAACGAAGCCACGAGAAGCAAGGUUGAGAAAGCCCGAAUGGGGACAACGAGAGAUUGACCUACUUUUCGAGGGAGUUGCGCAUUGCUCUAAGUCGAACACAGGCAUUCCACCAUUGGACACCGACUCGGAUGCUGUUACAAUAGGCCAAUUUGUGAAUAAGGUGCCCUGGAAGCAGGUUGCCGAAUAUAUGGAGAGCAAAGGCGCCUACAGAUACGGCAACGCGACCGUUAAGAAAAAGUACCUGGAAAUUCUCAAGGAAGGAGGUGCUUCGGUCAGGAUAGACUGA